AAGGCAUCUGCAAAUUUCAAGAUCCGAGGGGCAAUAAAUUGUUUCUUUCAUGACCUUUCAAACCCAAAGGCUCAGGUAAGAGCUUAUGCAGCUUUACUCCACAAUGCUUCAAAUUCUCUCCUUUCCAACUCUUUCAUGGCUCUUCUUCCUGUUUAUCCUGGUUCUUUAUUGUAAAAGAUCAUCUAAAGCCAAAGGCCAAAUACAUAGAAAGUUGCCACCAGGGCCAUGGAAACUGCUCUUAUAGGGAACUUGCACCAGCUGGUUUUCUCUUCGUUGCCCCAUCAUUCCUUGAGAAAGUUAGCACUGAAAUAUGGACCAAUCAUGCAAUUGCAACUGGGUGAGGUAUUGGCUAUAGUUGUUUCAUCACCAGAAAUAGCCAAAGAGUUGCUCCAUGCACAUGACACUGUAUUCAUAAAUCGGCCUACCUGUCUUGCUCUCGAAAUUCUGUCCUAUGGCUAUUCAGGUAUUGUCUUUACUCCCUGUGGCGACUACUGGAGACAGAUGCGAAAAAUUAGCAUCAUGGAACUCCUGAGUGCUAAGCGGGUGCAGUCCUUUAGAUCAAUCAGAGAAGAAGAGGCUCUGAAUCUAGUUGAAUCAAUCUCUUUGUCCGGGGGAUUUCCAAUCAAUCUCAGCGAGAAAAUGUUGUCCAUGACGUAUGGUGUGACUUCCAGGGCAGCAAUUGGGGCGAAGGGUAGACAUGAAAAAGAAUUCAUAUCAUUGGUUAAGGAAAUUCUGCGUGUGAGCGGAGGUUUUGACGUGCCUGAUCUGUUCCCUUCGCUGAAGUUCCUUGGUUUCCUUACUGGGAUAAAGCCAACUUUGGAGAAAAUGCAUAGAAAGACAGACAAGAUUCUGGAGGAUAUAAUCAAGCAGAAGAUGGAAAGGAGUACCAACAGUUCUUCAGCCGGCUACGAUGAAUCGGCUGAGCAUGAAGAUCUAGUUGAUGUGCUGAUGAAACUUCAGGAGAAGGGUGGGCUUGAUUUUGAUAUCACAAGAGAUCAUAUCAAAGCUAUGACUCUGGACAUUGUCAUUGCGGGGAGUGAGACUUCAGCAUCUACAAUAGAAUGGGCAAUGUCAGAAUUGGUGAAAAACCCAAGAGUCAUGGAAAAGGCACAAGCCGAAGUACGAAGAGUCCUUGAGGGGAGGGGGAAUAUUAACGAGACAGACAUUCAGAAACUAGAUUACUUGAGAGCAGUUGUCAAAGAAACUCUGCGGUUACACCCUCCAGGUGCCUUAAUCCCAAGAGAAUCAAGGGAAAAGUGUGAAAUCAGUGGAUAUGAGAUACCUAGCAACACAAAAGUGCUCAUUAAUGUAUGGGCUAUGGGAAGAGAUCCCAAAUACUGGAUUGAUGCUAAUUACUUUCAUCCAGAGCGGUUCUACGACUCCAGUUUUGAUUUUAAAGGGACCAACUUUGAAUACAUUCCAUUUGGAAGUGGUAGGAGGAUCUGUCCAGGCAUAUCAUUUGCUCUUGCAAGUGUUGAACUUGCUCUUUCUCACUUGUUGUAUCACUUCAACUGGAAACUCCCCAAUGGAAUCAAACCAGAAGAGCUUGACAUGUCUGAGUCUUCCGGAUUAACCACCAAAAAAAGGAAGGAUUUGUACCUUAUUGCCACUCCUUGGAUUUCUCUGUUUAAUAAUUGAAGAGAUUGAAUUUAGAUGUAUGUACGUACUACCUACCUCUUGUUGCA